AUGUCUACCGCAAACGCUACCAACCCUCCCGUCUUGAUUGUUGGUGCCGGACCCGCUGGACUCGUUGCAGCACUCGCCCUCGUCCAGAAUGGCAUCCCCGUCCGGAUUGUAGACAAACUCCCAGCAUUUCACACCGCCUCCAGAGCUGGGGGAGUACAUUCGCGAUCGCUCGAGGUGUACCACUUCCUCGGCCUCAUGGAUGACAUCCGCCGUGUCAUCAGGCCUCUGAUGUUCAUGCGCGCGUACAAGCUCCCGGAGGGAACCGAAGUAACCCGGACCUGGAAGAUCUUGGAAACCGUGGAACCCACCCCGGACAGGCCCAUCACAACAGCAUCGGGGUCCGUCAUCGGGCAGUUUGUGCUGGAAGGCAUCUUCCGGGACAAUCUCGCUAAGUAUGGUGCGCAGGUCGAACUCGCGACAGAGCUCGUGUCGUUUGAGCAGGACGCCGACGGCGUCACGGCCACGCUCAAGCACGCCGCUGGUACCGAUCAAGAGAGCAUUGAGACUUUCCGAGCAGCAUACGUGAUCGGCGCCGACGGUGGCAAGGGGAUCACUAGGAGGCAGAUGGGUGCCACGUUCGAAGGCGUCACGAAAGACGGGGACGGCCAGGUCUGGGCCGACGUGACCGUCGAAAACUUGUCUACUGAGUUCUGGCACCUAUGGUCAGAGCCGCAGAGGUUCACCGUCUCGAUGCGCCCGACGUACUAUGACGAGGGCAGAUUCAAUGUUGGCAUCGUUGGGACCAACUGGGAUCCCGUCGACCUGAUGGAUCAGACCAAAUUUGUGAAGUUCAUCCACGACAACACCGGCCACCCCGAGCUCAAGAUCAGCAACUUCACAUCGAUGACUUACUGGAAGCCGAAGAUGCGUAUGGUGAACAAAUUCUCUUCGGGCCGGGCGUUCCUCGUUGGAGAUGCCGCUCACGUCCACUCCCCGACUGGGGCGCAGGGGUUGAACACCAGCAUCCAAGACUCGUUCAACCUCGCCUGGAAGAUCGCACUCGUCUACAAAGGCCUCGCCAAGCCCGAGCUGCUCUCAAGCUUCGAAGCCGAGCGCCUCCCUGUCGUCACCCUGAUGCUCGCCACCACCAGCGGCCUGUACAACCGUCUCGUCGUCAAUAAGGACUCAGCGCCGCCCAAGGAUCCGAAGGACAAGAGCGGGUUUCUCAUGUGGCGGAACAACGCGCUCUUCAUGAUGGAGAUCAACUACCGCUGGAGCCCGAUCGUCCUCGACGCGCGCGGAAACGGCGACGACGUCGAUGCGCUCAAAGCGAAGGCGUACGAAGGGUACCCGGGCGAGGACGUGCACGCCGGCGACCGUGCGCCCGGAGCACCUGCCCUCAUCGACGCGGAGGGCAAGGCGACCUGGCUCCAUGACAUCUACAAGCCCACCCUGCACACGAUUCUCAUCUUCUCUCCGGAGACGGACGAGGCGGCUAGCCAGGUUGACGCCGUCUCGGAGACCGUGCAGUCUCUCCCGAAGGGUACUUACCAGAUCGUCAUCCUUGCCCGCCAUCAAGUUCCGAAGGCACGCAGCGGGGCGCUUGGGUACCACGACAGCAAGGGUCACGCGUUCGGCGCGUACCACGUCGAGGAAGGGAAGCUGACGGUCGUUGUUGUCCGGCCGGACACCUAUGUGGGUGCUUUCAUAUACGACGCGCAAGGGCUCCAGGCAUACUUUUCCCGCAUUUUCCGCAGUGCUUAG